AUGAAACACCGAAGCCUUUUGCGAGCAGUUUGUGCACACGUAACACCUUGCCGCUUAGAGGAGUUUUCGGAGCAGGAGGUGGCCAACCUCACCUACGGCUUGGCUUUGGUAAGGUGGAGAGAUACAGGUUUGCUAUCAUCCAUUUGCCGGCAUGUUUUGGCCAAUGCAUCGGGCUUCAAGCCGCGGGGGCUGUCGUCUCUGUUCUACAGCUUGGGUCUUCUAGAUUUUCGUGAGGAGAAGUUCUUCUGUGGCGUUUGCAACCACAUCCAGUUCAGGUUGCCCACCUUCAACGCACAGGACAUCUCCAACACUGUGUACGGCCUUGGCCUUUUGGAACUUUCUCAUCAGGGUCUUCUUUCAGCAGUUGAGGCAGAGAUGUCAGGCCGGCUCGAGGAGUUCACUGGUCAGGGCUUGGGCAAUGUGGUUUAUGGCUUUGGGCUUUUGGAGAGAGAGUGCCCCGAUCUGCUGCAAGCCAUUGCAGACCAUACUCCCACACGCUUUGAUGAUAUGACGGAGCAGAACAUCUCCAACAUCGUUUGGGCCAUGGGGAACUUAGGCUUCAUGGAUGAAAGGAUUUUGGAAGGGCCGCGAUGCUACGACAAAGAGGUCGAGACUGCAACCGAAACUCAUUGGCAGAUGCUCAUCAAGGUCAAGCCGCAACUCUUCGACGGUGCCGUUUGGUGCCUUAGGAAUUUUGCGGUCGAUGGAAGAAGUUUGCUUCUGGACAUGCAGGAAUCCAGCUUCAAAUAUUCCGUCUACACGCAUCAUACUGUCGAAGGGCAGCUCCUGGAAGCCUCGAGGCGUUCGGGAGCGUGUGGCCUGAUGGCUCUGACGCAAACGAAGGAUGGACUGCUGGUAUUUGGAAGGUGCCGCUGA